AUGGCUGAAUCACAACGAACAAAUAUUUUGAAACACUUGUCGGAUCCCGGCAAGGCGCUCCGGCCAAUAUUUACUUCUCUAAAUGGCGACAACAGCUGGUUGAUGUCCUUCCCUCGACCGGAAUCAGAGCGAGCAGCCGCGGGGAAAGUAUUCUACCAUGUUGCCUUCGAGCCUUGGCUAAAAGGAGCGGCACAUGUUUUCAACUCAUGGUUUGUCAACAUAGCUAUGGUUAAUAAUCCCGAGAUCUCUACCUUUGAGAGUCUUGAGAACUUAGUACGAGAGAUUGAGUCAGCUGCAGCGGCGCAUAAACCGCCGGUGGAUGAGCAACAGGAUCGCCAACAAGACUCGAGUCCGCUUGACGCUAUUCUUCUUGGGUUCUUUCUUUCAGACCAUCUACACCCACAGACCUUGAAGUCGUUUCCUGCCGACAUUCCUGUCAUAGCAACAUCUCCAGGAAUCAAUGUAAUCAAACCCUGGAACCACUUUAAGACAAUCCGAACCAUAAGCAAUCUGAGUCCAUCAGCGACAUCAUGGCAGACUCCUUAUCUCCAUCCAGGCGAGCCUCUUCCCAAAUGGCUGACGCCGAUCUUCCUACCCGGACGUUCUGAACUCAACUUUGUCUUCGCCAUUAUCUGGUCGCACACAGUUGACAACGAAGAGAUACAUGAAGUGAUCCUGGACUCUCCGCACGGCGUCAAGGGUGAUGAGAAGACACUGAACGCUUUCCUCAAUUCAGAGCCCAAGACAAGAAAGUUGGCCAUGCUGCACGGCCUCAAAGAGAGCAGCACUGGUGGCAUUCAAACUUGCUACGGAGCAAAGGGCGGACUUGCACUGAACCGCAAGGUUGGAGGCGUCAAACACUGGGUUGUUACUCAUUCUUCUGAACUAGAGUAUACUGGAGUAUUUAUGAGGAUCUUUGGAACAAAGGAUACCCCGCGAACAGUCGAGUGGGCGCUGGAGGAGGAACAAAAGAAGAAUCCCAAUUUGGAGAGAUUUGAACCGCCCAACUUUGUCAAAGUUGCCAAUGGUGGAUCGACGGUGCUUACAUAUCAGUGA